AUGGCCACAUCAACUACCACUGCUAUUCUGCUGCGCGUGAAGACCGGAGAUGGCCAACCAGCAGAAGUGGAAAUCGAGAGCCGGGCGACCAUCGCUGCCCUCAAGCAGAAGAUUUCCGAAAUCACUAAAAUCCCCCCGACGGGGCAGAAGUUGAGGGCAGACGGAUUCGAGUUUAAAGACAAUGAUGACAAACGUAUUGUCGGCGAUGUUCUCAAGAGCAGAGCCACCUUGCACUUUAUCAACGAAAAGCCGCAGCCUCAAGUUCAGGCGGGCGGCGGCAAGGCAACGAAGCAAGGACAUGAGUACAAAGGCACCCGAGCCAAGAACAGUGUCGUUCAACAAGGCACCAAGGUCGAGACAGGUUUCCAAGUUCGAACGGUCAGCUAG